UUUCGUGCCGAGGAUGUACUCUGUCGUGUAUCGUAAAGGUAGCAAACAUUCAGGCGCUGCAUAGUGGAACUCCUUCCAUUUUUUUUUCCUAUUGGAUUUUACAAGUGAACCCAGCGGCUACCCAGAGGCAGAAAAUCUCCACAAUCAAGAAACUAUCCGAAAUAGAAACCUUGGUGAAUAUUCCAUGAUACUGCGAGAAUAGUUCCAGCCAGCGGAAGUGCUGAUCCUGAAAGAAAAGUGGACUAAAUUUUCUUCUCACCCCCAUCAUAUAUGAAAGAGGAUUAUGAAUGUGGACUAAAUCAAUUAACAUCGAGGUGAUAGUUAUCUGCUUUCUAUCGAUCAUCCCAUGGCCCGGUCCGAGCGUGUUCAAGAUAUCCUGCUCCCGCGACAGUUCGCGAGUGGUGCGCAAAAUAGUGCAAUCCAAAUGGCUGCCGAUACUGGAAAAGUACCAGGUCCAGCUUCCACUGGAGUGUCCGUUUCAUCCGUUGCGCGAUAUCUUCGGGCCCCAGCAGGCAGCCAAAAAGCAGAACCGCCCGAGCCAAUGGACCUGCGGUCUGUGUGGUAAGAGUUUCUUCGAGGAGAAACAUCUCGACAUGCACUUCGAAAACCGCCACAAAAGCAACAUCAACAUGGCGGAGGACGCCGUCUGCCUGGCGGACUACUGCGAUAUGAUGCGUUGCGAGGUGCUCGUUGCCAAGGAUGCUACCCUGUCGUUCGGGGGCGAUCCGAACAUGAUGUCUACGGACAUCGAGGUGUGGAACGAGGCAACCGCCUAUCGGACAGCCCUAUCCACUGCGGGACCAAGGGACUUGGCGAAGGUGCCUGCUAGGAAAUCUAUACUUCCAAAGAUCCUACAAACUAUAAAGAAUGAAAUUCUUAAUGAACGGAAGCCCCCGAUUUCGGCGCUAACCGCGAAAGGCUUAUCCAAUUGCGAAGCCAGUGCCGACAAACGAAGUUCCCGCGUGAGAGAGCAUUCGGGUAGCGAUGAUGAUCACGAGAUUGAGGUUGAUGACGAAGACGAUGAAGAUGAGGACGAUGACGAUGAGGAUGAGGAGACUGACAACGAUAGCAAUGCGACGUCACAGUGUGACCAGAAUCUGGUUGAUUCUUCGCUACCUCCGGUAGAUCGAAAGCAGCAGAAGCUAUCGGAGAUGCAACGAAUGAAAGCCAACUGCAAAACGGAAGAGUUGGAUCAGCUAAAGACGCGUUGUGAAAUUCUGGUUCGAGACUGUAUUGUUGGGCUGCUGGUUCAGCUAUCCUUAGAGGACUUUAAGAGCAUGGAGGAAGAGAUGAAUCGUGCCGUCUGUUGGUACCUGACGUGUGAGCGAUACUGGGAAGAUGGCCCUCUGGAUCAGAGACCAUUUCCCUGGGGACUAGUAUUCGUCCUAGUGAUGGUUCUAUCGUUGGGCGUAUGUCUCUGCUACUACAUAAUCUGGAUACUGUUUGACGAAGACCAUAGUCCAAUGACAAGUAACCAGAUAACGGCUCAUCCGAGUCCAACACAUGGGCGGCACUAUCUGCAGCCGCAGGCCAGCCUCUACCAUUUGGCGGAUGGCGGACAUUCGGCUACCAGUCUGAAUAGUUUGAGCCAGAUGUCAAACAUGAACGUGACGCCGGUGGGCGUUUCGAGCGGAACGGAUCUACAGCAUACUCCGCAGAUCCAUGCCACACAGGUGCCGUACGGAGAUGAGGGUGGCUACGGCUAUGCCACCGGCAGUGCAUCGAACGCUGUCGUAUCCGAUGGGGCGCCCAUCGCCGGUGCAACCAUGGCCGGAGAGUUCAGCGAACUGGGCCAAAGCGAGCAUUACAUCUACGUGACGUACCCUCCAGAACUGAAACGAAGACUACUAGAAAGCUGCUACAAUAGAACGACCCGUCUAUGAAAUUAAAUUGAUACCGAGUGGUCUAGACAAACCAAACUAAAAUUAUGAACAAAGACAAACAUAUAAAUAUAAAGCAAGAACACCUAUUUUAGGAACACCUGCACAAACUUCAAGUAGCCCAAACUUUUGGAAGGUUGAAAAAAAAACACUGACUUUUUGCCGAACUUUUAGGACUAAAUUGCAAUAGAAUCACUACAUUGAACUGUUUUACACAUUGUCCGAUAGCAACUUUUUGUUUUAGAUUUGAGAUGAAAUCACGGAAAUGGCUUUGGGAAAUCUUGAAUGAUAUGCAAUGGCUUUAACUUAGAGAAGAUUUAUUUUAAGAACAAUUGUAGCAGUGGUAGUGCCCUGCAUAGGUAAGUUUUAGCACAUGUUUGUUAUUCCUCUUAUGGUACUUACCUAGAACUUUUAGAUAAGUUAGUAUGUAGCGAACACUUUAAAUUCGGUUUAGAAAACAUAGAUUUCCAGGAACUAUUCAUUUAUAAUACCUACACUUUCAAACCAUGACCAAGCUGAAAGGCAUUUAGGUUCUAUUUAAAAACAAAAUGGAAGCUAAAAUCCAGAAUCGCGAACUUCGAGUUAUCUUUAACAACUUUAAAGUACAAACCAUGCGCUGAAAAAGCUUACUAGGGAAUAAAAACUCGAACUUUUUGCUCUGUACCACUUGCAUAAGACCAGUUCGGGAUUUCGUUCUAGAUUUUCUGAAAAUUUCCGAAAUUGAAAAUCUGAAAUUCUCCGAACGCGAAAUUGAACCUAAACAUUUUGAAACACUUCACAAAACUACUAAACUACUACGACGUUUUAAAACCGUCAUGCCGAGCUAAACACUAAAGAAAACGAAACAAAACUAAGGGUUGAACCGAUAGUUGUAGAAAAAGGAUAAUCAAUUUUUCAAAUAUGUACUAUAUAGUAAAAAAAUCGCAUAUAAAAAUAGUGAAUAAAAUCUAUUAUUAAUAGUAUUAAUUUUUCCUUAACCUGCAUUCUUUUGUAACCCCCAGCAAAAACAGAACUAGUCAUAUAAAAAAACAAA